AUGGCGAAAGUCGAGGAAUUGGAAGAGGGAGAGUCGCCACCAAAGCGACAAAAAGAUGUGGAUGCGGAGCACGAAGAAGAGGAGAAUCCAAUUGAUGAGAGAAAUGCACUUGAAGAGGAGAAUGCGGUCGCCGAGCGAGCGAUGCGAGAUUUUGCGGCGAUCACCGGAACCGACGAAAUUUAUGCUCACACUAUCUUACAGGACGUAAAUUGGAAUAUCGAAGCUGCUUUGGAAGUUCACUUUGGUGGUCAAAACGAGCCCGCUGCGGGAAGCGAUGGUGAAAAUGAGGAACCAAACGAAGGACCUUCAACGAGCAGCGAAUUUGAGGUUUCGCUGAUGAGCUGGAAUAUCGAUGGCUUGGAUGGAAGCAGUUUGGCAACGCGAAUGAAAGCUGUGCAUUGUGUUUUGAAGAAUAUCAAUCCGGAUUUCAUCUUUCUUCAAGAGGUGGUCGAACGGGAGAUUGUGCCGAUUGAGAAGCUAGAGAAAUACUACAAGAUCUUCUAUUCGAAUCGUCCCUCACAAUAUUUCACGGCCAUUCUCGUCAGCAAGGCCUUUGAUGUUUUGAAUCACCAUGUGCAUCACUUUGAAAACUCUGGAAUGGGUAGAACAUUGCAAACUGUUGAAGGUAAAAUUGGUCCAACAAAGGUCUUCUUGCUGAACACACAUCUCGAAAGUAUGGCUGAGCACAGCAAUAAACGAACGGUUCAAAUCCGAUAUUGCUUGCAAAAGAUGGGCGACAUUGUGCGAAACAAUCCGAAUGCUCUCGUCUUUUUCGGCGGUGAUCUCAAUAUUCGCGAUGAAGAGUUGCCACCUCUUCCAAAUGGAGUUGCUGAUGCCUUUUUGGCUGCCGGAUCGCCGAAGGGUGAGAAGUUUACUUGGGAUACGCGGAAAAACGACAACAAGUUUGCGCACGGAGCGCAGUGUCGAUUUGAUCGGGUUUUCUGGGCGGGCCCUUUGCGCACGGUGAGCUUCAAAUUAGAGGGACGUCAACGAAUUCGAACGACUUUAUGUUUCCCAAGCGAUCAUUGGGCUGUAAACUGUACAUUCUCUCCU